AUGCUGCUGUCUCUUGACCAGUUCUCUCUCGCUCCCCCCCAAGGGCCCUUGUCCGCCGCCGCCAGCACCACCAUGACGACGGCUGCCUACGACGACUUUCCCACCCGACUCUGGGCCAACGACGCUGCGAGCUCGCGACGCCGCUCCAGAGCCAACAAAUCCUCGCACGGCUCAUCCUCGUCGGAUGUCUUCGACCCCGUCUCGACGCCCAUCCCCCACAGCAACACCACCCCCAGCGACUUCCACACACAGCUCCUCCGCCUCGGCGUCGUACGCGACGAAGCCCACCGGAGCCGCCCCGGCACCUCGCCGCGCGCCAGCGCCCACGUCAGGCCUGCCAGGCACCGCAACGGGAGCAGCGGCAGCGCCAGCAUUGACGCGGCGUACUCGGCCCCCAACCGCCACAGCCGUCCUGCGAGACGCUCUGCCAGCUUCGACCACGGCCUUUCUGCCCACGCCCUGCGCCGGCUGAACCAGUUGUCGCCCCCUCGCGCUGACCUUGCUCCUCGACAUGAAGACGACGGUGACGAUUAUAAUGAUGACCAAGACUACAACGACCGAGACGACGACGACGACUACAGCGCCGCUCCAAUGCCGACGAUACCCAGCGGCCCUCGCCGCGAACCUUCAACUCCCCUCCGCUUCCCUCCUCCGCCUCCCGAGCCCGCCGACUCUCGCUCCUCCGACCGCAAGAGGAGCUCUAGCCGCUCGACAAAGAGCUCAACGGCCCGCAGCAAACCAUCAACCGGCCAUCGCACGACGCCAGCCACAGCGACGUCGCCCGUCAUGGCCCGCGCCGAAGCUGAGUCGGCUCCCGCCCCCAGCCAAAGAGAACGGCCUGGCUUCUUCAGGCGCGUCUUUGGUGGUGGCUCCUCCAGGACUAACCUCGCCGCCGCAGCCAAUGCCGGCAGUCAUGACCCCAACAACAAGGCUCACCAGCAACCGCACCAACCGCCGCUCCAGAAGAAGUCGUCCAACUUCUUUCGCCGCCGGAAGAAGUCGGCCGUCGACGAGACGCCAGCUCCGCCCAACCUCGGCUCUCUCCCUCCCCUCCCUUCCCUCGAUACCGUCGCUUUACCGGCGGCCGCCGCGAGGGAGGUGGCGGCAUCCGCACAGAAGAGCCCGACAAGCAGCCUGCGCAUCGUCAUGAACCCCUACCUGAACGGUGGGGCUGCCGGCUUGGGCCUUUCAAGCAUGGAAGGGUACAGGAGGGGCUUUACUCCAGAAUACGAGCCGAGCCCGAAUGCGCGCAUUAGGACUGUCCACUCGGAGGAUGGCGGUGCUCGGCUCCACGAAGCCGAUGGCACGCCAGACAGAGCGGCCGCGCAACGAUCGAGAGAGACGUCCGAGACCGGAGACAGCUCCUUCCUUGACCUCGACGGCUGUAGCGACAACGAACUCGGUUCGCCUGAGCGGCAGGGGGACAAGGGGUCGGUCAAGGGAAAAAGGAAAAUGAAGCAUCAGAAGAAGCAGACGAGCAAGGAUGCUGACAAUAAGCUGGCUGGGCUUGCUCAGCACGAGCAGGACCCCGACGCAACCAUUCGAGGCAAUAAGCACGCGCCCGCGCUCUCGGGGCAAGACGACCGCGAGCCCAACCGCCCCUGCCUCGCACCUCCGUCUGCUCGGGCCACGAGUCCCCGAUCUCUGGGCUCCACCUCGACGGGCUACAAGACGGCGCCCAGCGCCCCGCCCAGCGUUCUCGUCGAGAGCACUCCCGACGAGUCUGGCGCCCGAGUUCUCAGCACCCUUGAAUCCAUCCAGUCCGACGAGCCCCUCGACGAACCCGAAUUUGUGGUGGGUGAGCCGACCGAGGACGACCGGCAAAAGGCGCGAAAGAUUUACGACGGCGGCCAAGGCUUCAUCCAAAAGGAAAAGGCCGCCUCGUGGAUGGGCGAGGAGGGCCCCGUGCGCCAACGGACUCUGCAGGCGUACAUGGAGCUGUACGACUUCAAGGAUAAGAGUGUCCUGGGUGCUCUGCGUAGUGUGUGCGGGCGACUGGUUCUUCGCGCUGAGACGCAGCAGGUGGACCGGAUCCUGGUCGCAUUCUCCAAGCGCUGGUGUCUAUGCAAUCCUUACCACGGAUUCAAAGCGACAGAUGUUAUUCACACCAUCUGCUACUCCAUCAUGCUGCUCAACACUGAUUUGCACCUGGCAGACAUUGAGCAAAAGAUGACGCGCAGUCAGUUCGUCAAAAACACCAUGACUACCAUUAUGCAGGCCGUGGCCGAGUCCGCACCCGGCGCGUUUGGCCGUCCCAGUAUUCUUCCCGAAAAGAGCUCCAUCCUCGGCGGCGAUCACGGACGCGCCUCUCCCGACCCCGAGCGCGUCCUUCGUCGAAGCUCCUUUCUCCCUCGCUCGGAUACCCAAGGUAGCCUCAUGGAGGACUGCGGCCCCUUGGUCAAGGCCCCGUUCCACGGCUCGCUGCGGGCGUGGGAGGAGCAGGUCGAGCUGGUGCUCAAGAACAUCUACGCGUCAAUUCGUGACCAACGACUCCCGCUUUUUGGCGCCGAGCCGGACAAGCACCUCGGCGCCGCCCUCUCCCAGAACAGCCUGUCCGUCAUGGGCAUGCUCAAGAGGAGCCCGAGCGUGCUGAGCAAGUCGCCCUCGGAGACGCAGCUGUCAUCGCGCGGCCGCGUCGCCGAGAGCAGCCGCACCAGCGUCUCGCGAUGGACUUCCAAGAGUCGCUCGAGGCCGGGCAUCGGCCGCAACGGCUUCUCGUCCAGCCGCACGAGCUUCGACGACGGGCACUCGGUGUGGAGCCCGGCCAUGUCGUCGGCGACCUGGAGCCGGUAUUCGCUGGGCCGGACGCAAGGCUCCGCGUCGCAGGACUCGUUUGCCCCGACCAGGCCUCGCGGUGACUAUCAGCAAUCGGUCGGGUUCGCCAACGCGCUCAGCCAGGCCAUUGUCCGCGAGGACGAGGCUGCCGGCAACGACAAUGCUCCCUCGAUUCUGAGCUCCGACGUGCCCGCGGGGCAGCUCCUCGAGGACGAGACGUUGGAGCUUGCCGGUCCGCCGUGGGUAAAGGAAGGCAUGGUCGUUCACAAGCACCAUCUAGACGGCGUGGGCAAGAAGGCUCGGGAUCGCAACUGGACCGAGGUCUUUGCCGUCGCUCAAAAGGGCCAGCUCAGCCUGUUCUCCUUUACGGCCAACAAGUCGGCGGCUCGCCAAAAGGGCCGCGCCAGGAAUGCGCCCAGCGGCCCGGUAGGAGGCGGCAACUGGCAGGACAGUGCCGUCUGCCUGGGCACCUUUAACCUGCGACUGACACUGGCCUCGGCGUUGCCGCCACCCGGGUACUCUAGGACGAGGCCCCACGUGUGGGCGCUCAGCCUGCCGACGGGCGCCGUUCACCUAUUCCAGGUGGGCACGCCCGAGAUCAUCCGGGAGUUUGUUCACACGGCCAACUACUGGAGCGCGCGCCUCAGUUCCCAUCCGUUUGUCGGCGGCAUAAGCAACGUCGAGUAUGGAUGGAGCGAGUCCAUUGUCAACAAUGCCCUGGUCACUGCUGUCAACGAGUCGACUGCCGCCGAGCCGACAACGGCAAGCGGCGCCAGGCCCUCGCGUCCCGGGAGCAGCGCCGCCCACGCGAGAAAAUCGAGCAUUGCGAGCGGCAGCUUCCGGGCUUCCAGCUUCGACCAGGUGGCCGGGUCGUUUGCGCAAGGCAGCGGGCGGGGAGGCAAGCUGCCUGGGGAUCGCAUCCACAUCGCCGAAUGGGCACCCCCGACGCAGAGCAUGCGCCCCAGCAAGGCCGCCGAGGCGGAGCAGCUGGACACUCUGGUGGCCUACGUGAAGAGCAUCGAGGCCGACUUGCAGACGCACAACCAACUCCGCAGCCCCAUGCUCCUGGCCUUUACGCCCAGGGGCCACAAUGCGGGCAAGGCAAUGGCCAACUGGGAGCGCAAGAGCGCCUAUCUGCUGCGGGAGAUUGUCAAGUUCCGCACCUACGUCGAUUGCCUGCAGCAGGCCGAGGCGAGGAAGCGCGAGGUGUACGCCGAGCGGAACCUGGCACACAAGGCGGCCAGGGGGGAGCUGAGCGACGGCGACAUGGACGUCAGCGACGGGGAGGAAGCUGACGAGACGCUGAGGCCUGCGUGA